UUUCACACGACAUGCCAUCGGGCAUAGCCGCCAUUUCGCCAAUUAUUUUUCCGCGGUCCACAAGUUUCUCUGGCAAAUCGGUUUAAUUUUCGUUUAUAUUGUGUUUAAUGCCGUGCAAAAGAGGUACAUACCAUCUUGACUAGUUCUUCACGUGACAUUAUACCAGUAUAGCGAGCAGUGAGGCUGAUAUUGUGCGAGACAGAUCCAAAAAACAGUUUCUUGCAUUUCCCCCAUGGCCGAGAUGGAGGAAAAGUACGAUAUUGAUGAGCUUAUCGCCAAGUUGUUGGAAGUGCGUUUAGCCCGCCCAGGAAAAAAUGUGCAACUUUCGGAAAGUGAAAUCCGUGGAUUGUGUUUAAAGUCCCGUGAAAUCUUCCUGUCACAGCCCAUCUUGCUGGAAUUGGAGGCCCCGCUGAAGAUUUGUGGUGACAUUCACGGGCAGUACUAUGAUCUGCUGCGCCUCUUUGAGUACGGAGGAUUCCCACCGUAUUCAAAUUAUCUAUUCCUUGGCGACUAUGUGGAUCGUGGCAAACAGUCACUGGAGACAAUAUGCCUACUACUUGCCUACAAAAUAAAGUAUCCAGAGAAUUUCUUCCUGCUGCGAGGAAAUCAUGAAUGUGCUAGUAUCAAUAGGAUUUAUGGUUUCUAUGACGAAUGCAAAAGACGCUACAAUAUAAAGUUGUGGAAAACCUUUACAGAUUGUUUCAAUUGUCUGCCGGUUGCAGCAAUUGUUGACGAGAAAAUCUUCUGCUGUCAUGGCGGCCUAAGUCCCGAUCUGCAGUCAAUGGAACAAAUCCGACGUAUUAUGAGACCCACCGAUGUCCCAGACCAAGGUCUUCUGUGUGAUCUCUUAUGGUCUGACCCCGACAAGGACACAUUGAGUUGGGGUGAAAAUGAUCGCGGAGUUAGUUUUACAUUUGGACCAGAGACGGUUCUGAAAUUCCUGCGUAAGCACGAGUUUGACUUGAUAUGUCGCGCUCAUCAAGUGGUGGAGGAUGGGUAUGAAUUUUUUGCAAAACGACAACUCGUGACGCUAUUUUCAGCGCCCAAUUACUGUGGAGAAUUCGACAAUGCAGGUGCAAUGAUGUCUGUGGAUGAGACAUUGAUGUGCUCAUUCCAAAUACUGAAGCCAGCCGACAAGAGGCGAUUUCAGUACGGCACCCCAAAUUCUCGACCAGUGACGCCGCCACGUGGUAUGCAUAACAAGAAUAAGAAGAAAUAAAUAAGGAGAGGCAAGAAAUAGAAUGAGAGGAGGUAAAAAGUGAAGUAAUUUUCAGGAGUUAUAUAGUAAGGAGUUAAUCUUGAGUAAAAUAAUUGAAAAAAAUGAAGAACAUUCAAUACGAUAUCAUGUGGAAUGGAACAGAGAGACAGAAGAAGGAUAGAGAAUAGGGAAUAGAUGACGAUGGAUGGACGAUUGGAAGUUGAGAAAAGAAAUUGAAGUUUAUAUUCUCUUUUUUAUCUAUAUAUAGGGAUGAUUUUUUUUUCUUUUCCUAAUUGUUAUAGAGGAGUGACAUGAUAGAAGGAAAAUCAAUAUUUCAUGAUACAAUUGAAGUGAGAGAGUGGGUGAAGAAGUUUAAAAGGAGAGAAAAUGUUUUGUCGAUGCACAAGAAAGAACGAUAAAAUUUAGUGGUAGAAUAAUUAAAAUGAGAUACACUGUAGUUUUAAUAUUAAUUGAGAACUUUUUAUUGCAUUAUACUACGCUAAAUGUUUCAUCUUCUUUUUUUUAUAUGAUGUGUGUUGAAGAGGAGAACUAAAAAUUUGUUAGACGGUGUAUAAUUUUGUAAUUCACAAUCAAAUCUACACAAGAACACUCACGCUGAAAGUUUAUCCUUUUCUUUUCAAUUUCUCAUGAACAGGCAAAGAACAGGUUGGGAGAUAAGAUGUAACAAGAGAUAUGAGUAAUAGUGUAAAUAUUUGACGAAGUGUUUUCAUAAAAAAGAGCAGUGAUUAGGAUGAAAAUUGAAUUAUAAAUAAAAAAACUACAAGGAGUGGAAUAUGAGUGGAAUGUUUAGAGAAGAAUAAAAUAAACAAACACAUAAUACACAUUAUUGAUUAAAUGAUGAGAUAUUUAGUGAGAACUAAAGAAAAAAAAAAUGAUAAAGCUAAUUCUUCAAUACAAAAAAGAAAACUGUGAGACAACUAAAUUAUUGUUGAAACAAUAUUCUUAGAUAUGACUUAGGAACUCCAUAAAGAAGAAAACUCUGUCCAAAAUCUGUAUGUAUGGAUAUAUCUCAACAUGUUUUGUCAUUUUUUAUGCAGUGUGAUUCUAUUGAAUUUCGCCAGAGAAAAUAGUAGCAAAAUAUUAGAGAUUAUACACAUGAUUGAUUAUUCUUUAUCAAAUUACAAUAGAGAAUAUGUUGCCGUGUGACCGCGUUAGCAGACAGGGAUGUUUUUCUCUCGUAAUUUUGUAAUUGGCAUUUUCAGCACAAUUUUGGGUUGAAAACAGAUUAAAUCAAAAAGCAAUAGUUUAAUUAGCAAUUAGAGGCAUGAAUUGGACCACUAGAAUAGAUAAGAAUAGGAAAAACACGACAACAUUUUGUUAAUUUCAUAGUAUUUGAUAGAAUUGAGAGAAGCUGAGAGCAAAAUUUGUCCUGUCUGCUAAGGUCCUGAGACAGAACGGGAUAAAAGAACAAAUUGCUUGUAUCUAAAUGUCUUGAUAGUCUUCCGCUCUAAAUUCAGUUUCUAAUUUUAUUAUAGAAUUAACACCGCGUAUGCAGUAAUUUAUUUUACAUUGUCAAAAGCUAUGUGAGAAUCAGGUGGACAAAAGUGGACAGAUAAUGAAGCCAUGAUCAAUGGAAAAUAUUACCUAUAGACAGCAGAAAUAUAUCUACAAAAUAUAUUAUCUGAAUUAUCCUCUCUAUGCAUGAUUAUUUUCUUUCCGAAAAGCAGCCACACAAAUGGAAUAUUUUUACAUCUUUUUUUUCCAAUUUAUGUAAAAUUUAUCGGAAUUACUUUUAGUAGAAGCAGCAGUAUUUAAAAUAAACUGUAAUAUAUUUUUUGUAAAUUUUACAAAAUAAUCAUUAAAUUAUGCUGUAUGCAGACAAAAAAUGCAUAUAUUGAUAAUAAAGUUACAGAUUUUCAAUGGGUCAAAGGAAAAGCAUUGAUGUGGAAUGAGAGAGCGAGAGAGAAUUAUCAAAUUCAUCAUUUUGAGAAUAUAAUAAGUGCAGCAGAUACACGCAAAUGAAAAUUUCAUGAAGACACACUUAUACUUAAUUAAAUGAAAAAAAAGAAAGAAAAAAUGAAAGGCAAAAGUAAUCUUUAAACUUCAAUAAAAAAUUCAAAGUAAAGUACAAAUCGUACUUGUCUUUUUUUAUAUUAAAUUAUACUGAAAAAUAUUAUACAUAAUGAUUAAAAAUGAAUAGAGAGAUUCAAGAAGUGAGAAAGAAGAUUACAUAAAUAAUUCGUUUUACUGUGUAUGUAAGGAGAUAUAUGAAGGAAGAAAAAUAUAAAAGAAAUAUAGAAUUUAGCGUAUAAAAGUAGAUAAUUUACAAAGAAACACAAUACACAAGCAGAUAUAAAUCAUAAUUUGUCAGAGGAGGAUAAAAACAUUGUGCGAAUGUGUGCGAUUUACGUGAAGAUAAUUUAGAAUUUUUAGAAAACAGGAAAAAAUAUAUGAUUUUCUUCCGUUUUCCCAUUCGAACCAGUAAAUAUCAAACACAAAAUACACUCUCCUUAAUCAUAAAAUUAUUAAGAUUUUAAAUAAUAAAAGGAAAAAGAGAAUCAACACAUUCAAAUUA